GCUCCGGCUCGCAGCCCCGCUCCUUUUUUUUUUUUUUCUCCACCGGGGGCUUCCUCCGCCCCGCCUUUUGCCACGGCGCCUUUCGCAGACUUGCUCCGCCCGAAUCUUCCAGGCUGGGCAGCUCGAGAGGGAGCGCAAGAGAGAAGAAGCAGCGCUCGAGGUUCGGGAGGUGGAGCGCUCGGCCCCGCUGGACCUCGCCCGGCUCUGCUCCGGUUCUCCAGCCGCCGACCCCCCCCGCCUCUUCCUCCGACGCUCGCUUGGCCUGUCUGGCGAGGAAGCGCCCUUGCUGGGUCUCCUCCAGGAUGGUGGUCAAAGUCUACAUCGCCUCUUCCUCCGGCUCCACCAAGAUUAAAAAGCAGCAGCAAGAUGUGAUUGGCUUCUUGGAAGUCAAUAAGAUUGAGUUUGAAGAGAAAGACAUUGCGGCCAACGAAGAAAAUCGCAAAUGGAUGAGGGAGAACGUCCCAGAAGAGUGUCGGCCAGCCGCCGGGAAUCCAUUGCCUCCGCGAAUCUUUAACGACAGCCAGUACCUUGGGGAUUAUGAUGCUUUCUUUGAAGCUAGAGAGAAUAAUGCCGUCUAUGCUUUUCUAGGCUUGACUGCCCCACCUGGUUCAAAGGAGGCAGAAGCGCAAGCAAAACAAGGGGUCUGAGUCCUCCCUCCCUCCCUUCCUCCCAAGCCUCAAGCCUUAAAAAUUCUGCCAAGAGAAAAUCCUACAGCUUGUCUCCCUUACAAUAGCAAAAAGCAAUGCGCUUGGAGGAAAAAGGAACGAAGGUUUCUUUUCAAAAUUACUGGCUGCUCUCUGCAAUAUUCUGCCACGUAGGAUUAACAGGAAGCAACACCAAAUAGUAUUAUCGUUAUGAAUGAUGAUGAUGAUGAUAAUAAUAAAUACAAAUGUGCCACAAUGAGAGAGAGAGAGAGAGAAAUUAAAUGAAGCUUCUAGAAACCCUUGAUUGAAUUUUGACUCUUGCAGUGGAUAUGAUUUAUUCCCUGUCAAUUGCAUAAAAAUCCUCAAUCCCCCCCUUUUUUUGGUAAAAUUAACAAAAACAUUGUAUUUUUGCUCUCCGUGACACAGAUCUGUGAUUAUAUUCGCAGAUGCAGAGAAAAUCUAGCUGCAAAAAUGUUUAUUAAUAAACCCUAGUGCCUCUACUGCUUGAAAAACCGAAAUGACAAAUAGGAUGUCCUAAAGUUGACUUUUUUUUUUUAAUGGCUAUUUCUAAAAAGUUGCAAUGUCGCAUAGCCGAAGUUGCAAGGACCUGAUGUGGUUAGGAUGUUUGUAGAGUUGUUGUUUUGUAACGUUGGUUGAUGCCAUUGGAGUCUCAUUUGAUGGAAUCAGGGCAGGAUUUGCCAGGGUUGAUCAUUUAUCACAAUAUUGAUCACAAUAACUGUCUUAGGGAAAGGCAAGAUUUUUGUGCUGUCUCAGUAAAACGUACAUUUCUAACCUUCUGGAUUUAUGAAAACAACAAAAUAGUUCUUAUUUCUCUAGAAUGUGAAGCAAGUGUAAUAUGGGGCCAAAAUACUUUUGUUAUUUUUUUUUAUUAUUAUUAAGGAACAAGGUCAAGUAAUUAUGAAUUAGAAUAAAACUUAGUUUGAUACGUUGAGCUUGUAAAACGUUUUCUGUGCAAGAUGAGAUAUGUUAAAAUCAAGGGUCCAAUAUGAAAUAAAACUGAAUAAAAGUCAUUAUGCAGGAAUGAAGCUUAUAAUACAGGAAAUUCAAUUGAUUUUUCAGUCUGGUUUUUCAAUGCUGUGAAGUUACCUUUAGCAGUUUGUCAAACUCCUAGUAUUUUCACAAAGUGCAACAAUGAUCAAAGAUAUGGGCAAGAACCUCACCCCAAUAAACGUAUUAGUUGCAAGUAAUAUUGAAAAACGUGUGUCUCCCUCCUAUGGAUUUGGAAAGUUGUAGAAAUGCAACUGAAUCUCAAAGCCUUAAUCAAAUUAUAUCAAGAUAGAUAUAUCCAAUAGAAAGGAAUAUAACAGCAUAUAUAUAUAUAUAUAUAUGCAGAAAAUAUGACCCUAAUCAAGGAAGUACCAAGGAGAAAACCACACACCUAGCCACACUGGCAAGACAAGCUAUAUAAAAAAAGAGCAUUGAUGAUAUUAUUUAGUCAAAUCAUAACAAAUCAUAUUCAGACAUAAUCAAGCUCAGGGAACAUCAGGAACUCCACAGGUAGAUAGAUGUAUGUUGCCUUUUUAUCUCAUGGAGGUUGUAUUCUCAGCCCAUGUGGAGGACCAAAGUUAAUGUAGAUGACUCCAUCCAAAUAUUCCCUUUCCCACUUAAUAAUACAUGCAGAUAAAUACACAAAUCGAUAUGAGGGUUUUUUUAAAAAAAAAUUCUAAGAUUCCUACCAGUUGACAUGGUUCCCUCCAGAAUCCAAGUUCUGCAGGAGUUGGCUAACUUUAUAACAUCUGCAUUAUUUUAUCUGUGUUAGCUUUCAAGAGGCCUUUGAGAGUCAAGAUACAGUAAUUGCUUCUCUUUUGUGUGACAGCUUGACUUGUGUCAUUUUCUGAAAAAAUGUUUAGUAUGGUGUUUUUCUUUGGAAAUCUGCAGUAUGUAGAGCAAUAUUUUUCAAUCUUGGCAACUUUUUAAGAUGGGCAGAUUUCAACUCCCAGAAUUCCAUAUCAUGGCUGACUGGGGAAUUCUGGGAAUUGAAGUCCACCCAUCUUAAAGUUGCGAAGGUUGAGAAAUGCCAAUGUAGCAUGUCUGGUUUUACCAGUUCUGGAUUUCAAAAAUAAGGACCAUCUCUACAUAGUUCAUAUUACCCGUAUUUUUCGGAGUAUAAGACACACUCUCCCCCCCCCCCCACAAAAGAGGGUGAAAAUUUGGGUGCAUCUUAUACACCAAAUGUAGCCUCACCCAUCUGCCCCCAUCCUUUGGCCCCUGCCUCCCAGCAAUUUGCCUCCUUGCAGCAAACAGCCUGUUUCAGCUUCAGCACAGCCUGAUUAGUGCAAACAGCUGAUUGUCAGUUGGAUUGGCCUCCUGACCAUCAGCUGUUUCAGGCUGCAGGGAUUGCCAUUGCCUAUUGCCACCUCCACGUGCCCCAUUUUCGGCCUCCUCAUCCCAUUUUCAGCCUCUGCGUGCCCUGUUUUCGGCCUCCACGCACCCCAUUUUCCGCCCAUUCCAAUCCCCACUGCCCGGAAUGGGUGGAAAAUGGGGCACACGGAGGUGGCAAUAGGCUAUGGCAAUUCCUGCAGCCUGAAACAGCUGAUGGUCGGGAGGCCUGUCCAACUGACAAUCAGCUGCUUGCGCUAAUCAGGCUGUGCUGAAGCUGAAGCAGGCUGUUUGCUGCAAGGAGGCAAAUUGCUGGGAGACAGAGGCAGAUUUUUUUUUCUUGUUUUCCUCCCCAAAAAAGAUAGGUGUGUCCUAUAGUCCGGAGUGUCUUAUACUCAGAAAAAUACGGUAUAUGCUUUUGCACAAAUGAUCAUUCCUAGUUGUCCUGGCUCUGGGCUCAGAUUGGACAGAGAACACCCUGCAGGUUUGAGAUGGGUUUUGAUGGUUAAGAAAUUCAAGACGGGAGAAAUCCUGUAUCCAGUGGCUGAAAACGGUUCCCCAAACAAAGUUUUUCACUCCAGUAUAUUGAUCUAAAUAUACCUUGGGUUCCUAAUUCAUUGCUAUUGGAAAGCCUGUGUUAGACAACCAUCUUAUCUCUUAGAGUCUUAAUGUUUAAUUUCCUAUUCCUGUUGGAAUAACCCUGUGCUCAAAUCUCAUUAAUUUUGCAUUAAAUGAGUAUAUUUUAACUCAAA